AGGGUGCCGUACUCCCAGCGUCCCAUAUCAACCAGCUUGAAUCCCUACUUUUCACGGCUUGGCUACCCUUUCUUUUCUUUACUUCACUUUCCUUUUUUUUCUAUUACCGCUGUUCGACGGUGACUAUAGUCGCGAGGAAAAAAAUGGCAACGGUGCGAUUGGCUGCGUUGGUCUCGUCGCGGAGGCUACUUGCUCAACCGCGGCCUCAUCUAGCUGUGCCGCAACUUUCCAGAAGCCCGUUUCCACCUUCUACAAGAGCUAUCACUCGCGCCCGAUUCUCGACUUCUAUAAAUGAGCAGCCCGCGCGAGCUCCAAGGAUUGACCGGAGUGCUUCAAAGCUGUUCAAGAAUGCGGACGCUGCCGUAGCGGAUUUGAAGAGCGGAUCAACCAUCCUUAGUUCAGGCUUUGGUUUAUGUGGUGUUGCAGAAACGUUGAUCUCUGCAAUCCAUCGCAGAGGAGCAACUGAUCUACAUUCCUUGACGGCAGUCUCAAAUAAUGCUGGCGCCGCCGGGAAAGGCGGGCUUUCUACUUUAACGCAGGCCGGACAGGUCAAUAGACUGAUCCUUUCCUACCUGGGAAACAACAAGGCUCUUGAGAAGAAGUACUUGACAGGGAAUAUUGCCAUAGAAUUAUGCCCUCAAGGCACAUUGGCCGAGCGAUUACGUGCCGGAGGGGCCGGAAUUCCUGCAUUCUACACCCCCACAGGGGCUCAUACCUUACUACAGGAUGGAGAGAUUCCGGUCCGUCUAGAUGCGUCUGGGACGGUGGUUGAGCAUGGCAAGCCCCGAGAAACGAGGGUUUUUAAUGGCAAAACAUACCUGAUGGAGACUGCACUUAACGGGGAUGUGGCGAUUCUUAGAGCGUGGAAAGCAGAUGCGGCAGGAAACUGUGUUUUUCGUUACACCACAAAGGCUUUUGGUCCUAUCAUGGCUAAGGCAGCUACACUUACUAUCGUUGAGGCUGAGAACAUCGUCCCUGUCGGCUCAAUCGACCCCAAUGACGUUGAUCUACCCGGGAUAUAUGUCGAUAGGAUCGUCCCCGCAACCGACGAGAAGAGCAUCGAAGUCAAGAAACUGCAGUCUGACGGUGAUGACAAGGCGAUCAAAAUGGCGCAGGAUGCUGCGACAGUCCUUCGAAACCGGAUCGCUAAAAGAGCUGCUAGAGAACUCAAGCAGGGUUACUACGUAAACCUGGGCGUGGGGAUCCCCACACUCGCUCCAUCAUUUCUGCCCGCCGAAGUAAAGGUUUGGAUACAAUCCGAGAAUGGAAUUCUCGGAAUGGGACCUUAUCCGACGUUAGAGCAAGUUGAUCCGGAUAUCAUCAACGCUGGCAAAGAAACCGUCACUCUUGUCCCCGGUGCUGCGACCUUUGACAGCAGUGAGUCGUUUGGCAUGAUACGAGGGGGCCAUGUAGAUGUCUCGAUCUUGGGGGCUUUGCAAGUGAGUGCGAAUGGCGACCUGGCGAACUACAUGAUCCCCGGGAAGGUCUUCAAAGGAAUGGGAGGGGCCAUGGACCUGAUUUCCAACCCCGAGAAGACCAAGAUCGUGGUAGCCACCAGCCAUACAGCUAAGGAUGGGUCUCCGAAAAUUGUGGCCGAAUGCAGCCUUCCUCUGACGGGGGCAAACUGUGUCAGCACUAUUAUCACUGAACUCUGCGUUUUCCAGGUGGACCGGGCGAAGGGCAAGCUUCUGUUGACGGAGCUUGCUCCGGGCGUGGAGGUCGAGGAGGUUCAGAGCAAAACCGGGGCGAAAUUCACGGUUGCGGACCACUUGGAGCUCAUGGAAUAGUGCGAACUGCUUUAUACCCAUAAAUAUUCAAUCCAUGACAGUGAAUGCAUGCCUUUGACACAAGGCAAUCCUUCCUACCCAUUUGGCCGGUUGUCUACCGUUGCUCCUUCCUGUAUGGAUGAUGCCUAUAGCUGCCGAUGAUCAUUGAUGAACGCGGCUCCGCUGAAGAUGAAAGCCAAGUCCAACUAUGGACAGUGAUCCUCUACGCUCUAGUGGCUAAUUUCACUGGUAUAUCAUGCUCCAGUCACGUUCUACGGCGAAGAGCAGAUGGAUACU